UUUUAUUACAGAAUUUGACAGAAGACAUUGGCCAAGACGACCAGCAAACAGGAAAUCUUCGAUCUUGCAGUUGCCCCUCUGACUGCUGUAGCAAGGGCAUGCCACCCAGGAAAAAGAGGAGACCCACAGUAGCAGAUGAUCUGACAGCUAAAAAAAGCAGGCAUGAUGGAAGCAUGUACAAGAAGCAAGACUCAAAUAGGAUGAAGUCUGAAGAGGAAGGUUUCUCCACUAAGCGAUGCUUGGAGUGGUUCUAUGAGUAUGCAGGCAGGCUGACGAGCAGCAAAUGGGACUUAAUCCUAAAAACAUCAUCAAAGAUCCCUCCCACCCGGUUGAUGCUGUCCUACAACCUCUUCCAUUGGGCAGAAGAUACAGAAGCUUGAACA